AUGUACCGCGUCAAGGGCGCCAUCAUCGCCGGCAUCCUGCUGGUCUCGGUGAUAUCGUGGCCCCGUCCGACGAACGUAACAUACUUCCCUCACAGCGCCCUAGGCAACGACUCAUUCGACUUCUUCAAGAAAGUAGUCACCUUCCACAAGAUCGAAAGCACGCUCGUCCAACAGGAGUGGGAUCUGGGCCAGGCAGGCGGCCAGUUCGGGCUGGCGCUGAUCACUUUCCUGUACGUCGACAUCCUCGACGCCACGGGGACGAUGUACUCGAUGGCACGAUUCUGCGGGGCCAUCGACGAGCGCACGCAGGACUUCGAAGGGUCUGCAAUGGCCUAUACUGUCGACGCACUGAGAAUAUCGAUUGGGUCGCUGUUCGGCUCGUCGCCCGUCACGGCCUUUGUGGAGUCAGGCGCGGGCAUUUCCGAGGGCGGCAAGACGGGGCUAACGGCCAUGACGACGGGGGUAUGUUUCUUCGUGUCUAUAUUUUUCUCGCCGAUUUUCGCUUCGAUCCCGCCCUGGGCGACGGGGUGCACGCUCAUCUUGGUCGGCAGCAUGAUGGUGCGAGUGGCUGCGGACAUCAACUGGCGGUACAUGGGUGACGCAAUACCGGCGUUUGUGUGCCUUGCUGUGAUGCCGUUUACGUAUUCGAUUGCGUAUGGUCUGAUAGCGGGCAUCCUGACUUACGCGUUGCUGAAUACGCUUGUGAAGGUUGUCGAGGUACUGUCGUGUGGCAAGAUUGUGCCUGAGAACAAGGAGUUUCAGGACCCCUGGACGUAUAAGGUUCCCGGGGGCGUGUUGCCUGGCUGGAUGCGGCGGCUGGCCAGGGGUAAGAGGGACUUUUGGCGGGAGGAUGACGAGGGUGAGCUUGGGGGAGCCGGAGCUGGGGCCAAAGCUGGGACCAAAGCUGGAGCCGGAGCCGAAAGCGAGAGCCAGGUUGAGCUUGACGGGGUGGUCAAGGGUGGGUUGAGGGUGAAACCGCUAUCGGCCUCGGAGGAGUUUGAUAAACUGUCAUGA